GCCAGAACACGUGCUUGCGGGGCAGUCAGCCAUUCUGACAUUCCUUCACCGCCCAUGCUGGCCCGUUAGGUCCUUGCCUCAAGUCCGUCGAGCUAAUCUCCACUUCUUUCUCGCCAGCCUGCAAUGACGCCCACGUUGCACAUUCGCGACGCGGCAUUGACCGUCGUGUGUGCCGCGCAUCACCCCCAGCGGCCCCUCCAUGCGCGCGUCGCCCCACGCCCACCACACCUUCUCUCGCGCCCUACCAUUCCCCUCGCUGCGCCUCCUCCCAUACCGCGACUCGCGCCGUUUUCCAGCGCGCAUGGCCCCUUCUUCUCCCGCCGCCUCCCCAUCAACCCCCUCUGCGCCCCCCCACGCCGCGCCAGGCGAGCGGCGGUGCCCGUCGCUGCGACCACGCCGGGCGGGCAGGGCUCCGUGGCGGUCGGCUCGUUCCGCGCGGGCCAGAAGCGCGCGGAGGUGCGCCUGCCCGCGCUGCUUCUGGCGCUGACCAGCGCGGACGUCCUGCGCGGAGGGGCGCCGGGCAGCGCGGAGGCGGUGGACGCGGCGGUGGCGGCGGGCGCGAGCAUGGUGGUGGUGGGGGACGAGGGCGCGGGCGGCGCGGGCAUGGAGCUGUUCGAGGCGGCGUGCGCCGUGAAGGCGCUGCUGCGCGGGCGCGUGCCCCUGCUGGUGGCCGAACGCGCCGAUAUCGCCGCCGCCGCUGGCGCCGACGGCGUGCUGCUGUCCGAUAACGGCCUGCCAGCCGUGGCGGCGCGCCGCAUGAUGGAGAGCGCCGCGUCGGGCCCGCUGCUGCCGCUCGUGGCGCGCCGAGUGGCGUCAGUGGCGGCGGCCGUCACUGCCACCACGGCAGACGGCGCCGACCUCAUCGUGCUCGCGCCCCCCGCUGCGCCCGCCACUGCUUCUGCCAGUGAGGCGGUGCGGCAGAUCAGGGCGCAGCAGGUGACGAUCCCCGUGGUGGUGGAGGGGGCGAGCGGAGCAGGUGGGGGAGGAGAGCAGUGGGUGAGCGAUGUGAUGCGCAGCGGGGCCACCGGGGUGGCCGUCACACUCGCCGCCCUGCAGCCAGCAGCAGCAGCAGCAGCAGCGGGCAACGGCGAAGGGGAUGCGAGCCAGGCCAUCCGAGCGGCCGUGGGGGGGCUGGUUGCAGCCAUGGGGGACGGCCGGUGGGGCAAGUGGGGGGCGGGGCCGGGGAAGGGGGAGGGGGAUGAGAGUGAGGGGGAAGAUGGGGCAGGGGGGGUGCAAGUAGCAGGUGCAGGGGAGGCGGCGGGCCGAGGGAUGGGUGGCUUGGAGGAGGCGAGGGAGGUGGCGAGGGAGGAGUUGGAGCAGGUGCUGACCGGUGCAGGAGGCGCCCCUGGCCCUGCUGCUGCCAGUGCAGUGGGGGGGGAGGAUGUGAGCGCACAGGGGGAGGCGGGGCAGGAGAAGGAGGAGGGGGAUGGGGAGGGGGCGGGGAAGGGCAUGGACGGGCGGGGGCUGUUGGAUCUGGAGGGGCGGCGGAUCAUGAAGGCCGAGAGGAAGCUCCUGGCGUCACUGCUCGACCUGCUCCGUGCCGCAUGCCCCGAUAUGGCGGAGAUUCAACUACUCGAGGACUCCCUUGCUCGCCUGGGCGAGCCUUUCCUCGUCGUCGUCGUGGGCGAGUUCAACUCGGGCAAGUCAUCGCUGGUGAACGCGCUGCUGGGCGACGCGUUCCUCAAGGUGGGCGUGGUGCCGACCACCAACGAGAUCACGCUGCUGCGCCACCACGACCUCUCGCCCUCCUCCCUCCUGCGUGCGCGCGCUGCCACUGCCGCCUCCGCCUCCGCCGCAUCGGCAGCGGCGGCGGGGUCGCAGCAGGGCGCAGAGGCGGGGCGCGCGGCAGCGCGGGCGGUGGUGGGGCGCGUGGCGGUGGAGGAGCAGCGGCACCCCGAUGGCCACAUGAUCCGAUUCCUGCCGGCCGACCUGCUCAAACAGAUGAACGUGGUGGACACGCCUGGCACCAACGUGAUCUUGGAGCGGCAGCAGCGCCUCACGGAGGAGUUUGUGCCGCAGGCCGACCUCGUGCUCUUCGUGCUCUCCGCUGACCGCCCCCUCACCGAGUCCGAGGUGUCGUUCCUGCGCUACAUCCGCCAGUGGGGCAAGAAGGUCGUCUUCGCGCUCAACAAGGUGGACGCGCUCUCCUCGCCCGCCGACGUGCGCGAGGUGCAGGCGUUUGUCACCGACAACGUGCGCAAGCUGCUCGCCGUCGAUACUGUGCUCUGCUUCCCCCUUGCCUCCCGCCUCGCCCUCGCCGCCAAGCUGCUCCACGCCGCCCCCUAUCCUUUUCCCCCCGCGCCCUCGCCCGCCCUCGCCCCUUCCUCCGCGCCCGCCCCGUUGGACCUCUCGGCACGGGAGGCAGCGGAGCGUCUGCGCUGCGACCCCUCCUACCAGGCGUCAGGCUUCGCCCAACUGGAGAUCUUCAUUCAGCAGUUCCUGGAAGGUUCCUCGGACGCGGGUGCGGAGCGCCUGCGGCUGAAGCUGGACACGCCGCUGGGCGUGGCAGCGGCGCUCGUGGCGGGCGCUGCGGGGCAGCUGGCGGCGCAGGCGGAGGCGGCGGCGCGGGACGACGAGGCGCUGGGCGCGGUGGAGGCGCAGAUGGAGGGGUACCGCGAGGCCAUGCGGUCCGACUCGCUGCUGCAGCGCGCGCGCGUGGCGGCGCUGGUGAGGGAGGCGGCGGGCAGGGCUGAGGAGUUUGUGGAGGCCACGCUGCGCCUGGGCAACGGCGACGUCAUGCUGCAGUACCUGCUCUCGCCACGGGGGGCCGGGGGGGGCAGCGUAGGGGGUGAGGAGGGCGGCAGCGGCAUGCUGCCCGUGAGCAAGAGCUUCCAGACGCAGAUCGUGGGCACCGCGGUGGCGGACGUGCGGCGCGCGCUGGUGGAGCACCACGUGUGGCUGGCGUCCAACAACGCGCGGCAGCUCGCCAGCUACCGCGACUUCGCGCGCACCAGAUGGCCCGCCGUGCCCCGGCCACAGGGGGGUGCGGACGAGGAGAGCGACGGCGAGGCCGAGGGGAGGAUCCCCGAGACGGUUGGCAUUCUGGAGGGCUUCAGCCCGCGGGCCGCUGCUCUGCUGCUGGAGGAAGAAAUGAGGGAGUCGGUGGUGGGGGCGGUGACAGGCGUGGGUGUGGCAGGGGUGGCGGCGGCGGUGCUCACAGGGGUGCUGCAGUCCACGCUGGAGGACCUGCUCGCCCUCACCGUCUGCACCACUGGCGGCUCGCUGAACGUGCUCACCUUCCCGCAGCGACGCGAGGCGGUGAAGGGCAAGAUCCGGCAGCGCGCAGCGGGGCUCAUCAAGCGCCUCGAGGCGGGGCUGGAGGGCGAGCUGCAGGCCAAGCUGGGCGACCUGGAGGCGCGCAUUCGUGCUGAGCUGGCGCCGUACCGGCAGGCAGUGGAUGAUGAGCUGGUGCGUGUGGACACCCUGCUGACACAGCUGCAGUCGUCCACGCAGCAGCUGGAGGAGCUCAGGCAACGAGUCAGAAACCUUGCUGUGUGAAAGUUUGUCCACUGGGUGAAAUGGAUGAUUCAAUUUAUGAUUUGAGCUCAGCUUGUAAUCCUGCCUUGUUUUCUGACUGCUAUUUUUCAAGCUUGGCCUUCGCUUGCAGUCCAAAACAUUUACUGUCAAUGGGCUGUUGACUGACGAGGUGUUCGACAUCUUUCUCACUUCGUUAUGGCCAACUCCUCGCCAACCUUCGU